AUGGACGAUAUCCGGCUUCAGUUGUCGCAUUUGCUGUUGUCGUCGGACUACCUGCUGGGCGGGAAGUCCUCUUUUGACAGCGACAAUAGCUACAUUGAGCAGUUGACACCGAUCGUGCGAUCAGCCAUCCAAACGUCGUCGACAGAAGAACUGCUAGAUGCCCUACUGGAGCUUGAGCAGGCGCGGGAAGCCGAGACCAGAGCUAUUUCUGAGGAUCAGGACAAUCCCUUUUUAUAUGCUCUGGAUGAGCUGCAUCAAAUCAAUGCUACAAGCAAUUCCGUCGCUCGCCAAGUACAAUCUGCAUCGACGGAAAUCAAAGCCAAAGGAUCUAAACUUUUGAGCGAAGCACAACGCCAAGCUAAUAUGGGACGAACCAGACAAAAUAUCGAAUCCUCAAUGGAGGCAACCAAAGUCUGCUUGCAGGCCUUUGAAUAUACGAAUCAAGUGUUCCAAUUGCUAAAGUCGAAGAACAAAAUCGCGGCUGUCCAGAGUCUUUAUGAGCUCCAGAAUAUGAAUACCGAUAAGCUUAGGUCCUAUGGACUUACGACAUUUGUGCAAAGAACUGUCCCGGCUCUUUCACGGGCGAUUAUGAAGGCUACACUUGACGAGGUAGAUGAGUUUGUUGAUCGCCUAGAUUCGCAAAUUCCGAAAAUCGGCAACCGAACUUAUGAACUGCUUUCGAAACAACGCGAAGCAUGGGAAUCGCAUGUGUCUGAACACCCCCAUUUGCAGCCGUUCCGCUUCAACUCGAGUGUUGAGCUGGCCUACCGUGAAUCCAGUAUCAACUAUAUGACCGACGCCCAAUUGGACCUCGAUUUCGGCCCAAUGUUCGAGGCGGAAUUGAUCUUCACAAAGCUUGACAAGAUCCCCCAACUCGCAAACCAUGUGGACCAAAAGCGUCAGGCUAGAGCACUGGCACUGGUGCCUGAGGGUGCAGAGAUCACUGCUGCGGUUCUCGAAAACGUUGCAGGAUUUUGUGUCACUGAACGCACUAUGUCUUGGCAACUUCCUCGUGUGCGUUCUGAUAAACUGGUGGAUGAUGUCUGGGAGCAGAUCAUCCGGCGGUUGACCAAGGCGUUGUCUCAGAAAAUGCCCGAACUCAAACAGACCUCGGAACAUGUUCCCUUCAAAGAUAUGCUGGCCAAAUUUAUUGAAACCCUCGAGAACUUUGACUUCAACGUCAGCAAUAUUAUGAUGCUCUUGCGCGAUCUCGUCAAGUACUUUAGCGAUCAUCUUGUCGAAAAGUCCCGAGAAAAGUUCCUACACAGCUGGCGCAAAGAAGACCAUAUGCCGCUUGUCGUGAACAAAACUGAACUUUACGAUACAAUUCUGGGCGUUGUUUGGUACAGUGCUCCGGAUUCUGAGAAAAACAAGGCGUUUCCCCGCGUUUUACCAUUUUCUGAAAUUUACCCGCUCACUUGUGCAGACUUGCGCUCGCUCAUCACACAUCACACUUCGUUUUUCGAUCUGUUUCAAAAAGAACCCGUGAUUGUAGAAGAUAUGCUUUCCACGGCAAUUGAAACGUUUUUGACCGAUACCGUUUGCAAGACGUUCAUGGACGGUCUCAAGGGUUCCAAGCGUGAGCAGAUUGUACAGACCCUUAUUGAUCUUGAAUAUUUUGAAUUUGCAACCGUCAAAGUACAGGCUAUGCUGGAAUCUCUUCGUAUUUCAUCACGUCGCAGUCAGCCCCUCAAAUCUUUGGCCGCGUUUGCUAAUGCCCGCCGUUUUGCAGAGCGCCGCGUAUUCCAGCUCGUUGAAGAUGCUAUUGAUAACUUUGUUGAAGUUGCCCACAUUGAUUGGAGAGCCACAAGGUCAGAACCUGGCCCCGCUGCCUAUGCUCUUGAAAUGACUGCAUACCUGCUCACAAUGACCAACUCUACACUGGCCCGUUUGCCAACAGAUAUCCGCACCAUGACCUACUUGGCAGCUGGUGACCAUUUACGAAAAAAGCUGAUGGCUAUGCUUGAUUCCGCACCUGACGGUAUUACUCCCGCAGCACUGCAGAAUUUCGAUAAAGAUUUGACGUUUUUGGAGGACUUUAUCGGCGGGCUCUCCAAGGCCGAUGACAACCCAAGCUUGGUGGAGAGCUUGACAGAGGUUAGACAAACUGUCAAUCUGCUCCGAAGCGAAGACCCCACAGAGUACAACAGAGCUGAACUUCGUAUGAAGAAAUACGAUCGCAUCGAUUCAAAUAAAAUCUCGGGACUGUUGGCCAAACUGCAGGCCCCAGGUAGUCCGAAUCCAUCGCUGAGAACCCAACAAAGUGGAUUCAUGCGAUACCUUCAUGGAGAACGUCAAUAA